AUGUCACAAGCAGCCACUGGUCAUGAAACAAAUUUAAAUAUUCGUACUAUUUCAAAUGUGACUGAACCAAGGAAAAGCUCUGUUAUUGAUGACAUUGAGCUAUCCCAUUUUGAUGAAUCUAAUUUUAUUGCACUGGGUCAACUAUUUUCUAAUAAAUGCAUCGAUAUUGAUGUUUCAAAUAUUCCAACACAGAAGGAUCAGUUUCGGGAAUUCAAGGACGUGGUAAUUCCCAGGCUAAAUCAAGAAGUUGGCUUGCUGAUAGGAAAAGAUAAUUUUGCUCUACAUAAGCCGUUGGAAAUUGUACACGGGCCAAAUGAAUAUUUUGCUGUGAGAUGCCCUGCUGGAUGGAUGAUUAGCUGUCCUCCCAGAAAUAUAAAAGUUGAAAGAUCAAAUUCCAAUUUUUUCGUCAAAUCUAGUGUGCACCCACUUUGUAAAAUGUGCACUGAAGUGGUCGAUUCGAUACAAAAUGAAAAACCAGAAUUUUCCCCUAAUCAAGAAAUUUUCAUGAAAAGAGUGAAUAAGUCUAUUCAUUUGACAACGGAUGGACAUUAUGAAAUUGAUCUUCCAUUUAAAAAUCCUAAUGUGAUUUUGCCAAAAAACAAAAGUCAUGCAGAACAAAGAUUAGAAUAUCUCAGAAGACGAUUUUUAAAAGAACCGGAUUUCUACAAUGAAUACAAAAGUUUUGUAAAUAUGAUUGAUAAUGGUUAUGCAGAGAAGGUCAAUAAUUCAGGGAAUGUGAUGGGGCCAGAUCUUGCAAAUAAUUUGGUUGGUGUUCUGGCUCGUUUUCGAAAACAAUCUGUUGCUAUUCAAGGAGACAUCCGAGCAAUGUUUCACCAAGUGAAAGUUUCUGAACCUCAUAGAGAUUUUUUGAGAUUUCUUUGGUGGCGAAAUGGCGAUGUCUCACAACCUGUGAUUGUUUAUGAUGCUUUCUACGUUGAUGAUUUUUUGGAUCUAAAACCCAAUGCUGAGAAAGCUAUAGAUCAUGUCAAAAAUGUAAGAAAUUUAGUAUCCAAAGGUGGAUUUGAAAUAACAAAAUGGGUCAGUAAUGAUCGAGCUGUUUUGCUGUCAAUUCCGGAAGAGCAUCGUGCAAAAGGUGUCAAAGGAUUGGAUCUCUCAGUGAAUGAUCUGCCAGUGGAAAAGGCACUUGAUGCCUCUGAAAAAUCAUAUGGUGCUGUGUCUUACAUUAGACUUACGAAUACGUACGGACAAGUUCAUUGUGCUAUUAUAAGUGGAAAAACCAGACUUGUCCCUUUGAAUGGUUCAACAAUACCACGAUUCGAACUUUGUGCAGCAACAAUUUCUGCUAAAAAUGACGCUUUUCUGAAAAAAGAACUCAAACUUCCAAUUUCGGCUUCAUAUUUUUGGACAGACAGUACAACUGUUCAUCGAUACCUGGCAAAUACAGAUAAAGUAUUUAAGACUUUUGUGGCCAAUAGAGUAAACUUGAUAAAGGAAACUUCUGAAAUUGAACAAUGGCGUUAUGUACCUUCACAACUGAACCCAGCAGAUGUUGCCUCAAGGGGGCUCUCAGUUGAUGUGUUUUUGAAUUGCCAAUACUGGAAACCUGGUCCUGAUUUUUUGUGGCAGGCUGCUGAGGAAUGGCCUUCACAGCCUGAUUUUAUGAACGAUUGCUCCACGGAUAAAUCGGUCCUGGAUCGUAUAAUUUUAAAAUAUUCAGACUGGUUUCGUCUGAAGAAAUCUUUUGCCUGGAUAUUACGAGGUAAAAAUAUGUUGUUUCCAAAACUUAAUGCAAAUGAGUUGCCUUCUAACCUGCCUAAAGAAAAUCGUAUUCAACCACUUUCUGUUGCUGAGCUACAAAAUGCGGAAUUGGAGAUAAUCAAGCAUGAACAAGCGAAAUUUUUCGGCAAAGAAAUACGUUUGCUGUCAAAUAAUCAAGAAAUUCCCAAAUCAAGCACUUUGAUUUCGCUUCGUCCUUUUUUGAAAAAUGAUAUUCUUCGUGUCGGAGGCAGAAUCAAAGAUGCGCCAAUUAGUUAUGAUGCUAAGCAUCCAAUUGUUAUACCAAAAGAAAGUCUUAUUGCAUCCCUGAUGGUUGAUUAUAUUCAUAGGACAACUGGACACAAUGGACGAGAAUAUGUUCUUGCUGAAAUUAGGCAGAACUAUUGGAUUGUAAAGGGGACUUCAUUAGUGAGGACAAUUAUCAACAAUUGUGUCUUGUGCAGAAGAAAGCAGCGUAAACCCGAAUAUCAAGAAAUGUCGGAUUUGCCUGUUGAUAGAGUAACUCCUGAUAAAGCACUAUUUUCAUAUGUGGCUUUGAACUGUUUUGGACCUUUUUCAUUCGUCAAGGAAGAAGUGAUGUUAAGCGAUAUGGGGUUCUCUUCACCUGUCUAA